GGCCGGCGGAGCCCGGGAAGCGGACGGCCGCGCCCGCAGCGCCCGGGGGCGAUCGGGCAGCGCCGCCGCCAUGUCGCUGGGCACCGGGGAGCCGGCCUCGGAGACGAGUCUGUUUAUUUGGAAUGGACUACCGUCCCCUCGUAACCCAGACGCAGUCACUCCGCACCUUUAAUCUGGACUCUCCUUGUUUGGGAGGCAUGCUGGAGGGUGCCCGACAUUACAGCCGCCCCCGUCCGUGUCACAGUGCGGCCUAACACAGACACACGACUCUCCUGGGAAGGUUCCCUUCCCUCGCUGACACGCAGGCACGAUGGAACACACUGGCCGCUGCCCGCUCUGAAUAUGCUGUCUCCUGGAGCUGGGUUUUGGGGUCCUGCGUCAGCAGCACGGCGGGGCUGAUUCUGCUCUGAGUGUGACUGUGGAGCCAACUGGUGCCUGAAGGUUUCACUGUUUGAUCUGUUCCUCCAGGGAGAUGACAGUCUGUCUGCGAUCACCUUUGACUCUGACCCUGAGAAGCUGAGUGCGAAAGCAAAGAGGAGAAGUUUCCACAAGCCUCCGCCCACAUCGCCGAAGUCACCUUAUCACUCUAAGCCGAGAAAAGUGGCCUCCUGGAGAGCUCUGAGGACAGCAGCGAGCAUGCCCCUCGGCAGCAGAAUGUCCUUGACCCCCCAGAAGCUGUGGCUGGGAAGCUCCAGGCAAGGAAGUCUGACCCAAGCCCUGAGAUCAGACCUCACCUUGGAGCGUGCGUGGACCACCCCCCCCAGCAGCACCCCCGACUAUCUGACAGAAGCCGUAAGAAUGAGGAGGUCAAAUCUCAGGCGUUCUGCCAGCCACGGCUCCGUCCCUGGGACCCCCAUCCACAGAGAGAAGGAGGACAUGUACGAUGAGAUCAUCGAGCUGAAGAAGUCAUUACACAUGCAGAAGAGUGAUGUGGAUCUGAUGAGAACAAAGCUUCGGCGCUUAGAAGAGGAAAACAGCCGAAAGGACCGGCAGAUAGAACAGCUCUUGGAUCCGUCCCGAGGCCCGGAUUUUGUUCGGACUCUGGCAGAGAAAAGGCCUGACACUGGCUGGGUGAUCAACGGGCUGAAGCAGCGGAUUGUCAAGCUGGAGCAGCAGUGCAAGGAGAAGGACAGCACCAUCAACAAACUGCAGACUGACAUGAAGACCACCAACUUGGAGGAGAUGAGGAUCGCCAUGGAGACGUAUUACGAGGAGAUUCAUCGUCUCCAGACUCUCCUGGCAAGUUCUGAAACGACAGGAAAGAAGCCUCCGGUGGAGAAGAAAAUCGGCCUUAAAAAGCAGAAAAAAAUGAGCAGUGCCUUCCUGAGCUUGUCCCGCAGCGUCCAGGAGCUCACAGAGGAGAACCAGAGCCUGAAGGAAGACCUGGACCGCAUGCUGAGCAACUCCCCCACCAUCUCCAAGAUAAAGGGUUACGUGGAGUGGAGUAAGCCCCGGCUGCUCCGGCGGAUCGCAGAGCUGGAGAAAAAAAUGAGUUCGAUGGAAAGCCUCAAAUCCCACGCCUCAGAGGUGGUCAGGUCCAACCCUCCUGCUCACUCCGCGUCCAGCUCCGUGGGGCCCCGGCAGAUGCGCCCGGACCGGCCGGACCGGCAGGAGGAGGGCGAGCGUCUGCGGGGGGCGGUGAAGAGCCUGAAAGGCGAGCGGAAUGCCCUGCACACCCAGCUGCAGGAAAGGGAUCUGGAAGUGAAGCAGCUCCUGCAGACAAAGGCGGAUCUGCAGAAGGAGCUGGAAAACAUGAAGGAGGGUGAGAAGGAGAGAAAAGAGAGAGAGGAGGCUUUGAGAGAAGAAAUUCGAGCACUCACCAAGAAGUUUCGAGAAUUGGAAGAAAUGAAGAAUGAAGAGGAAGAUGACCGCGUGGAAAUGACUCCUGAGACCCAGGAAGAACCCCGGCCCCCAAGCCCCACCGUCAGACCCUCCCAGCUGGACUCGGAGCCGGGGCCGGGGCCCGACAGUGACUGGAGAGAGGGCGGCCCCUCCCGGCCGCCCUCCGCCUGCUCUGCGGGGAGGAGAGACGCCGCUGCCCGGCUCCUGCAGAGCCGGUGGCAGGUGUACCGGCGCCAGAAAAAUAAGGCUGUUCUGAGUGAGGCAGCUACCGUGCUGCAGGCGGCUUUCCGGGGGCACCUAGCGCGGGCGAAGCUGCUAUCGAGCAGAGCGUGCGGCUCGCAUCCCCCCAGCGUGCCGAGCCCUCCCAGCCAGGCCUCCCCCUCGCCCCACGUUCUGAGCCCCGUCGUCCAGGCCGGGGGUGACCCGGGGCAAGAGGAGGCCAUCACCACCAUCCAGUCCGUCUUCCGGGCACACCUGGCACGGGCCAGGCACAGUGCCACCGGUCAGAGAGCCACCACUGCAGCGUGCACGGACAGAUCUGCCUGGGCCCCGCACAGCGAACCCCUGUCCUCACCCCUCCCUGCAGCUUCUCCUGGUGAUUUCAUUUCAUUUCGGAUUUCGUGUCAGGAAGACAGUGAGGGGAGCAGCGGGGAGCCGACGGAGGGGCCAGCUCCCGAGCAUGAAGCACCCAGGGGCCCAGGGAAGCCGGCAGCCCCGCCACCCGGCCCCGCGGAGCCCUCUCCCUCGGGGCUGCAGCCCGCCAUGCCUCCACCCGCGGAGGAAGUGAACUCGGACGACUCGGACGAGGUCGUCUUGGCGCCGGCUCUGCCCACGAGGAAAACUGCCUCCCCGCCCCUCACGUGGUGAUGCUCUGAGGGGAAGGUUAGGUUGAGAGGACCAGGCGUGUUCUACAGGACAGGAUACCUAAAACUGGAAAGUAGUGUGUCUUGUUAGGAAAAGAACAGUGCCUGCUUGGCACCUGCACGCCUUCCCGGUCUCUCUUGUUUUGCCUGUUGCCUCGCGGGUUUAAGGAACCCAGGUGCCUUUAUUGUGCCCUUGGGGGUGGUUGCCUCGUUCCCGCCUCCCCAGGGGCAGCUCACAUGGUGGCCUUAAGUGCCAGACAGAUGCACCUCCCCCUAUCGAUGCGCGGCCCGGGAGCCCCGGAAAGACACCUUCCCGGCACCUCACUGGCCAGCUUUGGCCGCGACUGGGAAGAGCUGCUCCACGUGGAGCUGGCGCUGACACCGCCCCCCUCAUCCUCCUCGACGUCCCCGCCGGCCAGAAUCUGCCCCGACUUCAGUGCAGCAGGUCAGGCUGGACACGCCGUGCCGAACCUUUUGGAGGAGUGCGCGAGGAGGCAGGCCAAUGGUAGGGGGUGGGUUCCCCUCAUCCCUGUGACGAAACGCUGCCAUGUCAGAAGUUUCUGAGACUUGGAUGACAUCAGGGUCCCCAAAUGGGUUCUUGUUCCUCGGGCUCCCUGCUCCUGCCCCUCACCACACGGACCUGUCUUCUGUCAUCUUCCCUAUCCCCUUGGGGCCCCGUCCCCAAGAGCUGCUGUUCCUGGGAAGGAGUAGGGUGGUAGGUUUUGUCACUGAGUAGAUUAAAAAACCACCAAAUUAUAAUCACAGAA